AUGUUAAAUUAGGAUGUAGAUUUGAACAUAUAACCAUUUCAUAAUCAAAUUCCUAAACCUAUUGCUCUCACCGAUGAAACUAUUAGUCUUGAAAAUGACAUGUUACUUGGUUGGGCACCUAAAUUAGAUCCUACUAAAUUACUUACACUUGACUUUAAUAUUUAGUUGAAUGAUUCAAUUAUUGCAGAUGCUUUAUAAAACAACUCACUUAUUUAUGUAGGAUUUAGACCUCAAAAUAAUAUAUAACUGCACAAAUAAUAUUCUAACAUUUCCACUUAUCCAUUUAAACGUACCAAAAAUAUAAAAACCAAACCUUAAUUUCCAUUUCUAGGAAUGAACCCUUAGAGAUUUAGUAGAAUUUCAUUCAAUUCCAUUUUUGAGAGUGGCAAUCUAGAUUUAGUCACUUAAGUCUCAGAAUUUGAGUAUGAUUUAUACAUGAGAGUUGAUUCUAAUACUUAAGGACAUACAUCUUGGUACUAUUUUGAAUUAACUGGAAUGAAAAAAGGAGAAAAAAUACAUUUAAAUAUUUGUAACUUCAAAAAAUCUCAUAGUCUUUAUGAAAGAGGAAUGAAACCUUAUAUAUGGAGGUCAAACACUUAAGAAUGGUUAUAAGAAGGAGAUAAUAUUAAAUAUAAAACAUCAUAAAAUAAUAAUAAUUGUUUAAGUUUUAGUCUUGGUUGCAAUCAAGAUAAUGAACUCAUAAAAAUUGCUUAUUGUGUUCCAUAUACCUAUUCUUAAUUAUUAAACUAUUGUAAUGAUUUACAGAAAAAAUGUAAUCAUGUAAAAUAUACUAUAUUUUCUGAAUCUAUUGGAGGAAUUUAAUUACCUAUGUUAACCUUCCAUAAAGGCAAAAGUACUAAUAAGAAAUGCUUAAUUAUUUAAGCACGUAUUCAUCCUGGAGAAUCCAAUGGUUCAUGGGUUGUACAAGGUUUAAUGGAUUAUUUAUAAAGUUAAUCAGCCUAAAAACUUUUUGAGAAGUAUCAACAAUAAUAAAUCUAGAUGUGUUAUUAAAGUAAUACCGAUGAUGAAUCCUGACGGAGUUAUACUAGGCAAUUAUAGAACUUGUCUAUAAGGAAAAGAUUUAAAUAGAAAAUUUAAAUAGAAUGAUGCAAUUCUAUUUCCUACUGUCUAAGCCAUGAAGAAACUAGUUAAGGAAUAAUAUAAAAAAUUUGGAAAUAAUUUUAUUGCCUUUAUAGAUUUACAUGGACAUUCUAGUAUGAAUAACAUUUAAACUAGUCAAAAAGAAUGUUUUUAUAUAUGGUCCAGAAUAUGCUCUCUGGAAUUAUAAUUAUUAUAAGUGUCGUAUACUUCCAAAAUUACUUAGUUAAAAAACUGAAAUGUUUCGAUUCUAUUCUUCGAUAUUCAGAAUUAGUUAAUCUAAAAAAUCUACAGCUCGUGGAGUUUUUGCUAAUUUAUAUGAUAUAGUAAAUUGUUUCACUAUAGAAACAUCUAAUGGUAAUUAUUACAAUUAAACAUAAACAUUUGAUUUUACUACAAAACAUUGGUUGAAAAUGGGUUGGAUUAUUGGAGAAAGUCUGGUUGAAAUGAUUGAUAUUUAGAGUGAAAUGGAUUCAAUUUAUAAUACCAAAAAUGACGAUAUAAAAAGAUCCAAUAGAUUUACUAAAAAUUAUACACUUCUUAAAAAGAAAAGUUAAGUUGAUAAUUGUUAAAUAUCAUUUCAAAACACUAAAUUUUAAAAAUUAAUUGAAGAAUUAAAAAUAGAUGAAGAAAAGAUGGAUCUAUCUUGUACAGAAGGAAAUUCAGAUUCUUCUGAUGGUGAUGAAUUGGAAGAAGAAGCAAAUGAAAAUAAAUCCGAAGAAGUUAAUAAAUCAAAAUCUAUCCAAUCAAAACCUUUAAUAUUUUAUCAAAGUUAAAAAUCUAAAUUAGAAUCAAAAUGUAGUCCUAGUAAUUAAAAACCACUAUUAAAAUAAACACUUAUGCUUUCUCUAGAACAUAACUAAAAUAAAAAUUAUCAACCUUAUCAAUCAGCUGCUUAAAGAAUGAUUUUGAAAAAGAUUACAUCACUAUCUUAAUCAAAAAAAUAAAAUAAACUUACUAAUUAUAUCACCAAUUAUAUGAAUCAAUAAUAGUAUGCUACAAUAGAUUUUCUUGAUAAUUCUAAUGUAAAUCAAUCUAUACAAAAGAGUAUUCAGAUGAUGAUGCCAAGACCAUCUACAUCUUAAUUAGAAGUGAUUGAAGAUGAUAAAUUAACUCCUAUUCAAGGACUUAAUCAAAGCCUUUUUGCUGGCUUUAAACGUCAUUCAAGACUUAGAAGUAAUCUGACAACAAAAAAACAAAAACAAUCUAGAGAAAUCAAAAGAAACUUAACUAAAUCACCUCCUCAAAUCACUGCAAAUGUUAGAAAUACAAUUAUGAAUAAUAAUUAAACUAAUUUUGAAACGAUGAAAUUAAAAUUAAAGAUGAAACUCUAUUAAGAACAAACCAAAUUUUCAGAUUCUUAUAAUAGUACUAGGCCUUCUAUUCCUUCUUCAUUUUAUUCUGUCAGAAGAAAUGUGAUAUAAAGACUCAAAAAUUGA